GUGUGUUCGUUUCAACUACGUUUCUUAUAAUUAAAUUAUGAAUAGGAAGUAACUUUUUCUAAAACUUGACAGAUUAUAUAAAAAGAAGCGUGUUAAACAAAAGAUUGUGUUAUACCUACCCACGUCUGGUAUAUUAUGCAAAAGAAUAAUACGUAGCUUACAAAUUGGGGUCUUGUCCUAAGUUAUUGAUUUACUCUCCAGUAAGACGUCCCUGCUUAAUUCGCUAGAAAGACAUAACCAGCCAUAUAGAGUUACAUAAAUCAGUUUUUACGACACUUGUUUCAUUCCACGCAAGUGUUACAUACAAAACACUCAAUUAUCCUAUCAACCAGUGAGUAAUUUUUUUGUAUCCACACAUAAGGUUCGCUAUAACUAAUCCAAUACUACCUACUGUAUAGAGUAACCAAAUGACAAGUAAAAGACAUUGUUUAUUUUUAUUCUCUUAUAUUUAUAUUUACAUAACAACAUAUAUAACUAACGUCUACUUCUGUACAUUAAUUUUCAUUUUUUGCUUUCAUCUUUUUUUCACUAAAUACUGCAUUUUUCAAUUUAUACAAUUUGAGUGCAAUGAACACGUAUUAUUAUUAUUAUCUUUAAAUGUAAACAACAGUUAAUACACAUAUAAUUCGUAUCGUUACCGCAUUUUAAUUGAGCACGUUUCUUACAAGACACGCACCGAAUCCAUUCUUGGUCAGAUUUUGAAAAAUGUUGGAAACACGUUAAACGAAGGACGAAAUACAUUCGAUGAAACACGACACAUUGACUAACCUUUCCCAAUGCUGGUUCUAGCGUCGACGAAAGCGGAACGAAGCGUCGCGACACGGUUCUCGCGUCAAAGAGAAAAGAUUGUUCCGUUAUUUUUGGCGAAGCAAUUGAGGAUUGAACUAUAUAAUUGACUAUAUGUAUACAAAAAGAGAGAACAGAAAAAAGAGGAUAGAAAAAUUUGGCAUAUAACGAUCAAGCGUGACAUAAGUUCUUCAAAUAGUUUCUAUUUGUUUUGUUACUACCACGAAAUCACUGAUACUUGUCCAUAUCUUCUGGCAUGUUUCUUCACCAAAAUCGCACUGUUUUCAAUUAUGUCACGAUAUUCGUUAUGUCAUUUCGCAUUUUCUCCUACGUUAGAUUCGUUAAUUCCUUUGUUCACGCGUUAACGAUGGGGAAAAUAUUCGAUCUUCAUGCUUAUCAGCGAUGUAGCGACCAUCUUGUUCGAUGACCUGUCGUAUGAAUGACUUUUACGCGAGAAUAUUCUUGCUAACCUUGCAGGUCAUAGACGUUUGGAUGCAGACGGAUGGAUAGGAACGAAUUUGUCACGCCAAGAAAAUUUCGUAUUUUCGUGGGCGAGCGACGCGCUAACUGCGUCGCUGUUUUCUCGACGCCGUGUAUUUAUACUUGAUACAUGAAUUUGUGGAAAAUCGUCGAUAUUGCCGAAUCUCCGCGACCUUGACGACUUGGCUUUAUUAAUAGUAACGGAGUAUUCGAAACCACUCGGUGGUAUCGGACCAUAUUCUAAGCGAGCUUCCGUUUAAAAUUUAGAAUCGAUGACGGUUCGUACGGAUGUCAUUCGAAGCGAUCGAAAAUAUUUAGUUGGCGUUAUUAUUAAGGAAUCGUCGCGUUUGUUAAUUUUAGUUUUAUGUGGACCUUGGUCUGAAAAUGUACUUCGAAGCAGUUAUGGUUUUCUAUUUCCGCAAACAACAAGAAAGUUUUGCUACGAUAUCGCUGUGAGCGGUAGAACAGUACAAAGAUAGUUCAAAAAGUUUCGUGCUGGACAUUUGGUCUAGUUUAGUUGACUAACUCAGAAUAAUUCAUAUUUCAUAACACUGGAGAUUGCGGGAAAUUCAAAGGUAUCGAGUAUACUGUCUUAAAAAUCAUCUAUACGAGCUUAAUAUGAUUUGUAGAUACGAGGUUUUGAAGAAUUUAGUUGAUGGAGUUUAAGCUUGAGGACGUCUAUAGAAACGAACUUUCGUGGCAGUCGACGUGUUAAUGAGUGAAAUUAACUUUCAAAACUUGGUCCCUCGGAUUCUAUCUCGGUAACUAGCGUGGUUAGAAGCAAGCGUUGCACGCAACUUUUUUAUAGUUUUCGAUGGGAAAUGACGCGGUGCAGGCACGAGUAAAAUGUAUAAUUGAUAAAAAGGUGAAUCAGUUUUACUAUUUUUAGUCGCAAACGUUCGGAAGUACAUUUAUUUUUCAAUGAUGUUGUAUGCACAUUGGCAAUUAAUUUCAGGGUCGAAUCAUUUUGUUUUAAACGAAGAAAAAUUCAAAGCAACAUUGACCCGUGACAUCUAUCAACUUGCGAUGCUCUCAAUCUACGCACUGCGCGACAUUGGACUCCCGUUCAAAUCUAAUCCAUAAUAAAAUUAUUUCUGUACGUAUUCCGGAAGCAAGCUUUAGAACGGAUUUUUACGAUGCGUUUACAUUAUUAAGUUUUUUCUAGGCCCAUUUAAAAAGAACAAUGUUUCUUGACUUUGAAAUAAAACGGCCCUAAAAAGGAUUAUUUAUGAAUACUUACUCACAGUUUUAGCGAUUCAUUGUAUAAUAUCUACGCGUAUACGUACUAGAAAGUUUAAUAAUUAUUUUUCACCAGUGUCUAUAUUUAUCUAGUAAAAACAAAUCAAUCUUCAUUACGCCAGCACGCACGAUGAAAUACUUUUGAACGGUAGUGUCCAGUGUAUCUCUAAAGAGGCUAAGAAGAUAAAAUGAAUAAUUGUAGCGAUUUCUUUCGGGCGACACCAGAUAGUUAAUCUCGUACGAUUAAUCUACGCGACAGUGGCAAGUGUUAUUUUCGACCGUCUUAAAUUUCUUCUUUACUUACAUGUACACUCGUUUUUUUUAGAAAACGUGAGAAUUUGCUUACGGGAUCGCCUAUUUUUAGAUAGAUUAAAAGGUUUCAUAAAUAUUGGUACGAUAAAAAAACCGCAGAGGCAUUCCGUUUUUAAACGCACAAAAUUCGAAUCGCGCGAAGGUCGACGGCGAUUGGACCGACGUAUCCCCGUUUCGCGCCACAAUGUGCAGCAUUGGUGGCCCACGUGUAUUAGAUUCGGGGUACGGUUUCGAUAUCGGCCCGUUCUAAUUAUGCGACGCGUCUCCGACAAUGUUAGAUCGGAAUUUCAUCGCGGGACGCGGACCGCCAAACUUGCUCUCGUUCGAACCGCCUGGCUCACCGACGAUUUCGUAAUUUCUAUAUGUGUCAAGGUGCGGAGAGAUACGGCUCGUGAAAACGCACCAGGCAUCUUCCUCUUAACGCGUGCACAGCGCGAACUGUUCGCGAAAACGCUUCCCGGAUGGCGGGUUCCGUGCACUAGGAAGCGCAACGUUGCCAAGCCCCGAUCCCUUAGAGCGUGCCGAACUUCAUCGUUCCAACGAGGGACAAGUUUACGUAAUCGGUCCUCUCCUCCUCUCUUUUUUCUCCUCCGUUGUCGUUUCUUUUUCUAUCUAUCCGUCUAUCCGUUCGUCUCUCUCCGUUGCUCUUUAUUCGCGUGGCUCUUCUCCGUCUCCGUCGGUUCGCAUCCGAUCGCGAAGUGUUCAUUUCGAGAGAGGACCGAGAAUCGUCGGAGCUCACCACCGCUCCUCGGUAUUUUUAGUGCGACGAGAGUAUUUGGCGGGGCGCACCGAUUUGCCUCUUCGUGAACGGUCGACGUCGGCCGUCGUCUCCGUGACCGCCGUCGUGGUCGUGUAGUUUAGUGCCUUCGGCGGCAUCGUCCCUAUUGCGUGCGAUCGACAUGUACGUGCCUCCGCGGUGAUGCACCUGCGAACACGGUUGUUCCUCGCGACCGGUGGACACGGUGGAUAAAAAUCGGUGCGACGGGAUUCCCCCGAUCGUCGAUUCCGUUUGAAACGACACGGAUGCGUCACGAUCGGACCGCGAGGCAAGGUCUGGCGGGACGACCUUGAGCGGAUAACUUGCUCCAAAUCAAUUCCAGGAAGCGGCUGACUCACCAGCGAAAACAAACGGGAUCAAAAUCAAGCGCUUUCGAUUCCGUGGAAUUAUUCCUCGACCUUCGAAACCAUCUCUGGAUCCUCCGAAUCUCAAUACUUCGGUUCGCCAGUUGCCAGUCUUUCGAUCCUUCGGAACGUAGUGCGCGACUUCUGAUUAUCGUAAGCGUUCGAUCCUCGUUCUUCCCUUAAAAGUCACCGAAAGUUGGAGCGAUCUUAACGCUCCUGCCAGUUGGAAGAUUUCGCGUCCGUCUCGAUGUUCAUAUUCGCGCCACGCGACAACAUGUCGACGUCUCGUCAGGGCUCGACGAGCCGGCGAAGUCGUUACGCGCGGUCCUCGACGACCACCAGCGUGACGCAGAUGCUCACCGACUCCUGCUCGAGCCUCCUGCAGCGACUUACCACCCGUGUACGCGGAACGUCAGCGUUGAGCGACAACAACGUGGCCAACAAGACGGCCGCCGCGAGGCGUUCACCGAACGCCAGUCAGCUGAACAGCACCAGGACCCGGCUGGAGGACAAGUACUCCACGAUCCUAGACAAGUACUCGAGAAAGAAGCGUCAUGAUCGCGACUCCAUGGAUCGCAGACGCACCCACGAACGGGACCACAGCUACUAUCGUCGUGAAGACAGUCCGUUCGUGCGGGACGACAGAACCUUGGAACCGUCCGUGACACGCAGCAUCGUGAAGAGUCCCACCAACGUGGUGCUGUCCGAGAAAGCUUACCCUUACGUGAAAUCUGGCACGGUGAAGGAGUUCAAGCGCGAGAAGACCCCAGGUUACCAUCGAUCGGACAAACAGACUUUGCUCAAUUCGGAAUCCUAUCGACGAUACGGUAGGCACAAGUCGGGUCACGCGGAGACUCGCACCUUGAAAGUGAGGCCUUAUAGAAACGGGAAGAGCGAGCAACUGGAGUCAAAGUCGACGGCGUUGAGGCUGGCCCGACCCACGAAGAUGGAGACGGUCAAGCAGACCCCCGUCGACCCGGACAAGACGCCCACGGGCAGCGACAACGCCGUCGACGCUGCUCUCCAGGCCGCGGACGAUGACGCCAACGAUCCAACGAUCACCGAGAGAGCGGCGAAACGCAAAGAGAUACAGAGUCUGAUCUUGAAGUACGCCGCGAUGGAGGAGACGUUCAGCCAGCUGGCCGCCAGCGGCCAGGGUAGAACGCGACCAAGCACCACGGACAUUAUCGCCAGCAAGUAUAGGAAAAGCUACCAACGAAACGGGCGAAAAGACGCGGCGCAGACCUCGGUCGCGAGUGUCGUUAGCGACGCGGACACGGUCCAGGACGCGAUUAGCCCACGACCGCUCUCCGUCGAGGACGACGAAGAGGGCCACCUUGUUUACCAAUCCGGCGACAUCCUGGAAAAUAGAUAUAAAGUACUGGCCACCCUAGGAGCGGGUACUUUUGGAAAAGUUGUCAAGGUUAAGGACUUGCAAAUGGAUCACGUGAUGGCUCUGAAAAUUAUCAAGAACGUAGAGAAGUAUAGGGAAGCCGCGAAGCUCGAAAUAAACGCCUUAGAGAAAAUUGCGACCAAGGAUCCGGAAGGCCAACACUUGUGCGUAAAGAUGCUUGACUGGUUCAAUUAUCACGGGCACAUGUGCAUCGCCUUCGAAAUGCUUGGACUUAGCGUAUUCGAUUUCCUGAGGGACAACCAUUAUCAGCCCUAUCCGUUGGAGCACGUUAGACACAUCGGAUAUCAGCUUUGCUACGCCGUAAAAUUUCUGCACGAUAACAAACUCACGCACACCGAUUUGAAACCGGAGAAUAUAUUGUUCGUAGACUCUGAUUACGAGAAAGUAUAUAAUAACAAAAAGCGGAAGGAAAUCAAGCGUAUAAAACGAACAGACAUAAGGCUGAUCGAUUUCGGCAGUGCCACGUUCGAUCACGAACACCAUAGCACGAUCGUUAGCACAAGACAUUAUAGAGCGCCUGAAGUAAUUUUAGAAUUAGGUUGGUCCCAGCCUUGCGACGUUUGGUCGAUUGGCUGCAUCCUUUUCGAACUGUACCUGGGUAUUACUUUAUUCCAAACACACGACAACCGCGAGCACUUAGCGAUGAUGGAGCGUAUACUUGGCACGAUUCCACAUCGUAUGGCUCGCAAAACUAAGACCAAGUACUUCUAUCACGGUAAAUUGGACUGGGAUGAGAAGAGCUCAGCCGGCAGAUUCGUUCGAGACAAUUGUAAACCUUUACACCGUUGUAUGCUCACGGACGACGAAGAACACCGACAGUUGUUUGAUCUCAUUCAGAAAAUGUUAGAAUACGAACCAGCCCAGAGGAUAGUACUAAAGGACGCACUUGUACAUCCUUUCUUUGACGCGUUACCAGUAAAUCAAAGAUUACCAGACCUUCGAGCAGCUGGUGACUCUCAACAAUCUCAUGAGCGAUCACACUCUCUCUCUCGAUGAAGCUAGGAAAGGGACCGACUUCCGUGCUGGACAGACACUCCACUGUCGACGACGACACUACUGCUCUACGUCACUAUUCUUGCAUACUUGAGUCUCGCAAGACUGUGUCUUGUCUACGAAAACAAGAUUCGAUGACGUCAGUCGAGGCUUAUGAAAUAAUGUUGAGCUAAUAAAAGAAGAUGCUCAAAAUUUUUGUGGGAUAGAUAAUAUGAUCAAAUUCGAUGUUAAUAAUGUCACCUAAAAUAUCAAAUAAUCGUAUUGUUUACCACAACGUGAAAUAAAAGCAGUAGUGCAAUUGGUGCUGUGGAACUCGGACUCAAUCGAGUAUGUUAUACGACGAGAUCGUUAAGAUCUUCGUGUCAAGGUAUAUCAUCGGCAUAUUCUUAUCUCCGUUUACGCACGUCAAAAUUUGGUAGAUAGCUAAAUUAUUGACGAGAUCCCUUGUUACUGGCGCGAUAUGGCCAGUGUGUCUGCUCAGUGUAGCGUAACAGAGUCCCAAUUAAUGUAUACAUUUUCUAAAUGCUCUUCUGUACAUUUUAUUCUUUAAUUUUAUUACGGAUGUUACUAUGCAACAAAGUUUGGAGGAAAGAAUGGUCGCAGUUUAUACUCUUGUUUGUUAUAGAUUGAUGACCACAACAUGUCUAGUAGUAAGAAUCAGAUUAGUGAUAAGACAGUAAAUAUAUGAGUACGUGUUGAGAUAAUUAAGAUAACUAAAGGGAGAAAGUGAGAGCGAGAAAGAGAGGGAGUGUGUGAGAAAAACUAGGAACGCCAAUUCAUCGUCGUAAAUAUACACUUGUUAAUGUUCUCAGAAACCAUAAGAGGAUACGUGAUUAUUUUAGGAAACGCAAAUGUACUUUGUCGACAUUUGGAUGGAGCUGAAGUGAAUUAGUUUUUCGUUCGGCGUAUACCUAAAUUUUGUUGUAUUGUCUCGUGUUGUUGCAGACAAUCAUGUGUGUUUUCCGUUUCACCAGCCCUUACAAAAUCAGUAGAAGUGCGAGGCGACUUUAUUUUGUUUCCAAAUAUACGACGGAUUAACUGUAUGCUGCGUGUAUCGCGUAUCUUUCUAAAAGUCGUAUGCUUACGUACAUAAUUACGUACGGAUCGUGCAUCUGCUUUUAUUUUGUUUAAUAGGGAAUGAAAUCUUCAAAUUACGAAGCUCUACCACUCAUGUACGUCUUGUUUGCUUUUUAACUCUUAUAAAUACGACACGAAGGAAAUUUAAACGAUCGUGCUGCUCGUACAAAGAAGAAAAUAUGCCUGAGCACUGAGAAAAUGCU